CGUCCUCGCAUCGCUCCGAUUUCUCGUGUGCGCCGCGAUCGAGCGGAGGCGACGCCAGAACACGCCGACGGAUACAACAUCCGUUUCAUCGUGCCGUCCUGUGUGCCGUCGGAACGUGACAAAAAGAAAAGGAAAAAAAAGACGACGACGACGACCGACGAUCGACGACCUGUACGAUCGCGAGAAUACGAACGAGCACGCACACGAGCUCGUCAUCACGAAAACAAGGACGACGAAGAAGAAAAGAAGGGUUGUCGCGAGAAAUCUCGGUGUGUGAUACACACACACGUACACACACGCAUACACUUAAACGCGCACAUCGUUGUUGCCUCUCGCCGACACGUCUUUGCGAUUUUCGCAAUUGACGAGAACGCGCGCUGACAUUUUCUCUUCUGCAAUCCAGCCAGCGCGACGGGAACUCCGCCAAAACAGCUUGUCCCUCUUGUGCCACCGCUUAUCCCUCGCCGGAUCUCGCUGUCUGCCCUCGCUCUCUCCACCGACUCGCUCCCUGCUUCCCUCUCCGACGUAUCCCUUCUCCCCCUUCCUCCCUCUGCUUUUCCGAGCGUGAGACGAAUUCAUGUACGAGGGCGGAGAUCUCUGAUACUACGCAGUGGUGGAUCUUGGGGUGAAAACCGGACGCUCGAUGGGUAGAGCGAGAGAUCUCCACGUACUGCUGGUGGACGCGCAAGAACGACGCGAGCGCACGAGAUGAUUUCGGGAGUCAAGGUCGGGCCCGUCUAGACCUCUGCUUGCCGCCGCCGGGUAUAUAUCUCGACGUCAUUCAACGCUGCUGCGAGACACGGCGGGUGCGCGCGCGCAUACACCAGCAGCAGCAGCAGCAGCAGCAGCAGCAGACUUUCCGAUAAUACUAACCGAGAGUAGUGCAUAGUGUGUGCGACUGCCGUCAUCAUAUCUCUUUGUGUUUUCCUCUCGCUCUCCCGGAAACCUCCGAUAAUCUCUUACGCUACACUACAAGGCGACGUUUAAAAUCGAAAAAGAGAGAAGAGACGCCUUCUCCUCUUCCUCCUCCGCCACCUCCUUUCCUCCCUCCUUCUCUCGCGGUGAUAUACGGCAGUCAGAGAAGGGGAUAACACGGCGGUGGAGUCGCGUUGCGGCUGCUCCCAUUAGACGCAGGCCGUUAAACGACCGUAACGCUUAUGGUCAAGUGGGAUCGCUGGCGGAGCACCGGAUACAAUCGAAUUAAGUGGGAACGGGGUCGCUUCCUCCUAACGGGCCCUGCCGAUCGAUCGUCGUCGUUGGUGGACCAAGCGUCACGGGAACCGAGAAUAUCAAACGACAAAUAGUGUCUCUCGUCGCGAAAACGCAACGAGCUAUUUCGUGACGACGAUGACGACGUGAGACUCGUCAAGUAUUCCUUUAUUGUAUCGCGGCCGUCUGGCGGAAAGUUAGAAAGCGCGUUCUAGACGUGACAAACAUAAGUAGUAAAUUUGUGAUCAAAUCAUCGGUGCAAUCGUCACGACGACGACGACGACGACGACAACGACGACGUCGAGACCGAGACUUUCUCGUGCUGUUCGGCAAACAACUGUUGGAGGAAAUCGCGACGAGCGAAAGUGUCGGUGGUGCGUUUAUGUCAACUCGACGAGCUCGGCCGACGUCAACGGUCAGUGGUUGUUUCCGGCACGCCGACAACAACCUGGCGGUUCCUCCGUUCAAAUGAAGCUGAGGCGUCGCUACAUGCAGACGCUCGGCGUCUCCGUCAAACAGCUGCGCAGGAAACUACUCGAGCUGGGCGCGCGAAUCCUCCACGUCCAGGGGUCGAAACCGCGCGACAUGGCACUAGUGAUGCUGUCGGUGAGCCAAGGAAUGGAGGUCGGCAGCAGCGGACGCGGUGCAUCGGCGAAAGAUGACCCGGCCGGUGCGGUGGGCGGUGGUGGAGUCGGCGGCGGCGGCGAUGCCAAAAGACGUAGAGACAUACAGGAGGUGAUGGUCGCCGCGGCGAGGGAUCGCGCAAUCCGCUCGGAUAGCGUUCGACAGGAUCUCGCUCUCAAUCUGCCGCCACGACUGGAGCUCCCGGAUGGCGAGGAACACCCGUACGGGGCGCAUUCCGAUCUUCACCUUCGCAACCCGGAACAGGAGAGCGAGAUUUAUCAGAAAUGUGUGCGGGCGCCGCCGAAUCGCACGGUAUUUGAUAGCGAGAGCCCUCCGCCUUAUCGGACCCCACCACCCAAUCAGCCUUUCCAUCCGGGGCUGCUCGACACGUUUGGCGACCGGAUAGCGCGGAGUCAGAGCCCCGGCAGCACCAGCACGUUGCUGAACACUGCGCGCUCGGUGUUCAAAAGGUUCCCGAGCCACGCGACGUCGUCGUCGACGUCGGCGCCGGUCAGCAAACCGCCCUUUUCCAGUUAUUCCGAGUCCAGUAGUAACGUGAGCAGUAAUCUGAGCAGUAGCAAUCUGUCCAACAUCACCGUGGUGCCCUGUGAGACCGACGAAAGCCGGCAAGAGCAGCAACAGCAACAUCAGGAGCAGCAAUUCCAUCGGAAGGUCUGAUCCGCGGCGUCCUCCUUCCUCGACGCCGUUGUCGUCAUUGUCGCAGCCGCCUCGUCCGAUCUUGAAGACAAACGAUGGUCCUCAAGAUCGUUCUGUGCGACUGUAACGGCAACGACGAUGUCCUUCAAGACUGACUCACGGGAGAAGCUUCAACAUAGGAUAGAUCACAUCGGUCGCGUCCCAUCGUGUUCAGCAACGAGUAUUGCACACACGCGAGAGGUAAUGUCCUCCCGGCCGGUGGUAUCCUCGUUGGAUCAUUUUUCCGACGUUCUUCUAUAAUGUGAGAGAGAGAGAGAGAGAGAGAGUGUGUGUGUGUGUGUGUGUAUAUGUGUGUGUGUGUGUGUGUGUGUGUGCGUGUGUGAGAGAGAAAAAAAAAGAAAAAAGAGAGGUCGUCCGUUCGUGGCCUAAAGGAGAGCCGGCGGAGAUGUAGAGAAGCCGGCUCCUGGUAGUGAUUGAAGAGUCGAAUCAAGACUUACGCUCAAUCGCCGUGCGUUGGUUCGCUGCUGUCUUCUUUUUUUUCCUACUGGAGGAGUUCGAUGCGUCGCCGCUGUUGUUCGUCGACGCGUCUCAUUGUGCAAUUCCACACGCGGCCAGUGUCUAACCUAGAUCUCAAAUUAUUCCAAAGCGGUGGCACGAGGAUUACGAUGUUGCGUCGAACGUCGGCGUGAAGAAGCUACCGGAAGAAACGCAAGGACAGAAAAGAGGAGGCGGUCCGAAGCCCGAGCGUGGAAAACAGCGUUACCAACGCGCGACGCGAAGCGAUGGCCUAUCUUGGAACGAGAAGUUUCCCCGUACAACCCCGGGAACAUCCACGGCGAGAAGCUUUUACUUCGGAGAGAGGAAACGAUUGCUAGGUACACGAUGACGAAGCGGAUCUGCCGGUUAUCCUCUUCCAGUUCUCGACGGAGGCUCGAUCGUCGGACACCGCGGAAGUAUGUUUAUCGCGACGAAGACUUAGUAAAUUAUUUAUUGCCGAUAUAACAUUUUAUUCGCGACGGGCGGCUGCUGCACGACGGCCGGACGGGAGUGUGUGGUUUCACGCAAUGGUGGUUGUGGAGAAAAAGGAAAACACAAGAAACGGACGGAUGUGGUACAUGAGUUGUUGUAUGAGCGAAUCGUUCGUUCGGUUGCGUGAGUGCGAGACCAGGCGUGCGUACGAGUAAAUGCAAGCGCGCGUGUGCGGAACGAGUAGUAACGAAAAACGCACAACAGGCGCGGUUAAUUGCAGAGUUGGGGGGAGAGAGAGAAAAAAAAAAAAGUGAGUCAAAGAAAACGCGCGAAACGCGCGCGCGCGUGCAUGUGUGUAUGCGUGUGAAGAGCUAUAGGAGGAUAAUGUAGUGCCAAGAGUGAAAACGGAAACUCUGUACAUAUUAGACUAGGUAGUUCAAUAUCAAUAUACUUAUUACAACUAAACAAAAAAAAAAAAAAACGAUAUGCUACAUACCGAUUUAAAAAUAAAACAUCAAACAUACGUUACAACACGCAUACAUUAAAAACACGAGAUGGCCUGUCAUACGAAACUGUGAUGGGACGCGCACACGCCUCCGUCAAAAAAUAUCCAUCUUUCUUGACACAAGCUCUCAUAUCAAUCAUAUAUGUGUAUAUUUUUUGUUUCUUUGAAAUAUUACGUUGAUCGGAUACACAUUGGAUUGAAAUGUUCUUUCUUUAUUUUUGAAAGUUCGUAGAAAAUUUUUAUUCCAAAUUAUACAUUUCUUAGAGAAAAAAUCUAAUUUAAUUUCUAAUAAUUUGGAUUUUUUUUGCAAAGACGGCGUGCAAGUGUUAAAUCGACGAAGAUGCGCGACCCUUCCGCGUUCCGAAUGGCUCGCACUGUCCGACGCUAUCUUUAUUAUUAUUCAAAUAGAUAAGGCCUCAGUUUUGACAAACUAGGAUCAGUUCUAUUCAAACAAGGACUCGAGUUCGAUGACGCGUUUCAGUUUUUGUGUUUCUCACUCAAACAAAUUUAAAUCACUCCAAUGAAUGAUACAUUCAAUAUUUUGUAUGUGAUAUUAAAUAAAUAUGACAUAUGUGUAUCAUUUGCGGACAUCAAAGAUUUUAUGUCAUCGCUAUAUUAUAACUAUCGAGUUGUUAUAUAAAUUAUUUUUGAAAUAUUGUAUUUGUUUAUCGCAAGUUUUAAAGUUUGAAGUAAAACUCUAUCACAAGUUAAACCCCCUGAGCCGAUCAUUCAUACGCGUCAAUAUCGGUGGAAACGCUUCGUCAACUUCGAAUCUCAAUUUAAGGAUAGAGCGAAUCAGAGUCGAUUAUUUCAUGAGAAGUCACCAAUUAUUGUAUUUCUUAAGAGUCUGCAGAGAGAAAAUUGCAAUGAAAUUUAUAUGUUUCCCUUUGUGAUUUACGGAUUGUGCGUGACAUACGAAGAAUGCGCGAGACAAGAGAAAACAAAAACAAACAAAAAAAAAAAAAAAGACGCCACGCGUAAGAACGGAAUAUUCCACGUGUGCACUUUGUUGGCGUUAAUUUCGCGAGCUUCCGCUUCUUUUCCGAGGGGAAAAUGCCGAUGGGGCGGCCCUGAGAAAAUUCAUCCCGUAACACACACAUACAUAUCGCCCGUGCUAUAUUCGCGGCGCGAUUUCGUCACACCCGUUUGACACACACGAUUCGGCGUUCAACACAUGCGUAAAGACGUAACGUCUCGACGGCGAGAGGUCCUAAUUAUCGUUGAAAAAUAAUAUUCUUCAUAUAAGCAAAAAGAACAUAAAGUAAAAUUUGUAAUCUUUGAGACCAGUUUCCGGGCAAAUCGCGCACGGCGACGUUGUUUCGUUUCAUGUUUAUUGAUCGCUGUGUGCUGAGAAUCGAGAGAGGGAAAUAUCAUCUUUCUGUUUCAUCUUUCAAAUGUGUUCACGCGCAUGCAAUAUUAGGCGAUGAAGUUUAAUCAUAUUCUAUGUAAAGAAAUUAGCGCGUGCGGAGCGAAGCGAUCGAGGAGUAAAGAUGUCUGAUAUGAUUAUUUUUUUAAUUUUUUUUUUUUUUUAAUUACAUUUUCUCACUCACCUCUGUUACUGUGUCCUCUCUUAUUUACUCAGUUUUCCGUUCAUUAUACAUACACGUCUCGUUCUCUUAUGUACGCAUUUGUUUCUUCUCUAUGCAAUAAGUAAUAUGUGUGUGUGUGUUUGAGGAACGGAGAAAUUGUAAUGAACGGAAAACGGUACACUCGGGAGAGUUGAGAGCAGUAAAGGGAUGAAUGCGAGAUGAAAACAUAUAUAAUUUGAUGGGUCCUGUGCAAGUUUUUCGGUUGAAUUUGCGACGUUGUCGAUUUAGAUUGAAUUUAAAACACGACGACGCGAGCGCGAGAUAUUUUAGACGAUAAGUUUUAGGCAAAGUAAAAUUUUUAGCAAGCUAUUACUAUUAUUAUUGCUAUCGGACAUCGUGAUAUAUAAUUAGCAAUUUGUUAAUUGGGAUUUUGAGAGGUGCGAGACGUAUGAGUAUAAUCGUGGCCUUUCGACACGAGAGAAAGAGAGAGAGAGAGAGAGAUGGAGAGGGAGAGAGAGAGAAAGACGAGAAAGAAUGAUAAAGGCGAUCCAAGACGAAAUAUCUCUUUGAUAUACCUGUCUGAAUCCACGGCUCAACAUUCGAGAUUGCUAUCUUGAGCGAUUUGAAAGAAAGAACUGCAUGUCGUGAAGAAAAUAAUUGUUUAGGCUUAGCUCGUGUUAAAAAGUGUUAAAAGAACUGAAAUUGACUUAUAUUUAACUAUAAUUUAAAUUAGAUGUCGUUCAUUAUUAUUAUUAUUAUUAUUAUUAUUAUUAUUAUUAUUAUUAUUAUUAUAUAAUCGGCUUUAAGCGAAUUUUAAGUAAAAUAAUUCUUGUAAAACAUCGUGUUUUCGCAUAACUAAGAUUUAUUACAGCGAUCUCAUCGCUACGCUAAGUGUUGAUCUGAAAUCGCCUUAAAUGUUGGUACGGCAUCAGCCGACUCCACGGCGGAUCGUAAAUCGUGGUCGCAUUUCAAAGCCUAUUGUAAAAACACAAGCGAAUAUAAAAA